AUGCGUCCCUCAACGCUCCUCCUAACCGCCCUCUCCACGGGCUCCCUCGUCGCGGCCGCGCCAUCCUUCACGCCCAAGCCUAGCACCACCAAGUCCACGAACCCCUUCGAAGGCAAGACGCAGUUUGUCAACCCAAAAUGGGCCGCCAAGCUCGAUCAGACCUUCUGGAACCUCCUCAAGAAAGGAGACAUUCUCAACGCCCUGAAGGUCCCCAAGAUCCAGGCCACCAUGUCCACCUUCGUCUGGGUGUCGCGCCGCUCUGAGCUGGUCAACAUCGACGACGCCAUCGCCGCGGCCCGCAAGGCCCAGAAGCUGACGGGCAAGAAGCAGAUUGUGGGCCUGGUGCUGUAUAACCUUCCCGACCGGGACUGCAGCGCGGGGGAGAGCGCGGGCGAGCUCUCGAGCGCACAGAAUGGGCUGGAGAUCUACAAGGAGGAGUUUGUCAAGCCGUUUGCUGAAAAGGUGGCCGCCGCGAAGGACUUGACUUUUGCCGUCGUGCUGGAACCGGAUUCGCUGGCUAACCUGGUCACCAAUAUGGGCAUCGAGUUCUGCGCCAACGCAGCCGACGUGUACCGUGAGGGCAUCGCGCACGCCAUCAACGCCCUGCAGUACGACCACGUGCAUCUGUACAUUGACGCUGCGCACGGCGGUUGGCUUGGCUGGGAUCCUAACCUUCCCUUGGCGGCGAAGGAGUUUGCCAAGGUUGUUAAGCUGGCCGGGGAAAAGGGCGGGAAUAAGAUUCGGGGUUUCGUCACGAAUGUGUCGAACUACAACCCGUUCCAUGCGAAGGUCAGGGAGAACUAUACCGAGUGGAGCAACUCGUGGGAUGAGAGUCACUACGUGAGCUCGCUGGCGCCGUUUUUGGAGGAGGAGGGCUUGCCAAGCCGGUUUAUUGUCGAUCAGGGCAGAGUUCACCUCCCCGGGGCUCGUAAGGAAUGGGGCGAGUGGUGCAACGUUGAGCCCGCAGGCUUCGGCAUGGCGCCUACGACUAAGACCAACAACACGCAUGUUGAUGCGAUUGUCUGGGUCAAGCCGGGCGGCGAGAGCGACGGGCAGUGCGGCAUGGCUGGGGCGCCUCGCGCAGGCGAGUGGUUUGACGAGUAUGCGCAGAUGCUGGUCAAGAACGCCGAUCCGUCGGUGUUCAAGCUGUUUUGA